UCAGUAGUAAAACCUGCUCUGGCUGGGUGUCUGACUGACUGACUUGGCCCUCGGAAAAGUGAAGUGUUCGCCGUGCUUCCAACUGCUAACCCAACUUUCAUCACCGUUGUUCCGUUCGCCUUCUCUUCAACUCUUCUGAUUUUUGUUCGACCAUCGCCACUUGGCGACGCGGCGCCUCUCGAAAACAUUUUUGGGCCAUGGUUUAGCCGAAGACAAAAAGUUUAUUGAGUGUUCUUGGAAGAACCGGUGCGUGGCGACCAGUACCAGAGAUGGAUAAGCUAACCGUGAGCUGACUCGUUAGCCGAAAAGUCAAAGGUCGAUAAUAGGAGCGGGUGGACAUGCUAACGGCUAGCUAGUUUAGCAUUCUCUCGGCUAACCGAGUGACUUAGUUAGCGUCCGACGGAAGCUGGCCGCGGUUUGCUUCCUCGGGCCUGGUUGCGACACCGCCAAUAGUUUGUCAAAAGGAAGCUAAUCCAGGAAGAAGCCCCUGCCUUGAAAAAACGGACUUUGAAACAGGCCGGACGAGAGGUUAUUGCUUUACCUCAGACGAAUAGAAAUGCUAACCAACGCACAGAACCAACCGCUCUUUCCCAACCCGACCGGGCAACAGAAUCCCGCCGGACAGCCGAACCCUGCGGGCCAAUUUCUCCCCUUCUUGAGCAGACCCUCCUUACAGAUCAAGAAGAACGCCAUUACAGACGAUUACAAAGUGACCAGUCAGGUGCUGGGGCUUGGAAUCAAUGGCAAGGUGCUUGAAAUUUUCCAGAGGAAAACCGGAGACAAGUAUGCGCUAAAGAUGCUGCAAGAUUGCUCAAAAGCACGUAGGGAGGUGGAGCUUCACUGGAGGGCAUCGCCUUGUUCCAACAUUGUACGGAUUAUUGAUGUCUAUGAGAACCUUUAUCAAAGCAGAAAAUGCCUGCUAAUUGUUAUGGAGUGCAUGGACGGGGGUGAACUCUUCAGUCGAAUCCAGGACAGAGGGGAUCAGGCGUUCACAGAGCGAGAGGCAUCUGACAUCAUGAAGAGCAUAGGGGAGGCCAUCCAAUAUCUCCACGCCGUCAACAUCGCACACAGAGACGUUAAGCCAGAGAAUUUACUGUACUCCACCAAGAGGCCCAGCGCUUUGCUCAAACUCACAGACUUUGGCUUUGCCAAGGAAACCACCUCACACAACUCUCUUGCUACUCCAUGCUACACGCCGUACUAUGUUGCUCCAGAGGUUCUGGGCCCAGAAAAAUAUGACAAAUCUUGUGACAUGUGGUCUUUAGGUGUCAUUAUGUAUAUUCUGUUGUGUGGGUACCCCCCUUUCUAUUCAAACCACGGUCUCGCCAUUUCUCCCGGGAUGAAGAAGAGGAUUCGGAUGGGACAGUAUGAGUUUCCAAAUCCCGAGUGGUCUGACGUAUCAGAAGAAGCUAAACAACUGAUACGGACCCUCCUGAAGACGGAGCCCACCCAGAGGAUGACCAUCACGGAGUUUAUGAAUCACCCCUGGAUUAAUCAAUCGAUGGAGGUGCCUCAGACGCCAUUGCACACUAGCCGGGUGUUAAAGGAAGAGAAGGAUGCGUGGGAGGAUGUCAAGGAGGAAAUGACCAGUGCCUUGGCGACCAUGAGGGUUGACUAUGAGCAGAUCAAGAUAAAGACCAUUGAGGACUCCACCAAUCCGCUGCUCACCAAGAGAAGGAAGAAAGCCAGUAACGCCAUGGCGGGCCCUCAGUCUGCCGCUCACUGAAAGAUACGCUCACAGAUUGUUAAAAAAAAAAAAGGAGGAAGCAAUAAGACGUCGACGUGAGUCGCACUGCAUGGAUUUUUCACAGUGUUUAUUUUUUCAUGGUCUAAUGUUUUGGAGUGCUUUUUGUUUUGUUUGUUUUCCUACGCAUUGUAACUCCCCCCUUUUUCAAAGAGGUUCUUGAUCUGUGGUUUUUAGAUGAGGAAAGAGAUUAUGAUUUUAAAGAAGGCGAGGAGACGCACACGGUUUACUCCUCUUUCGUACGUCAGCUUUUGUGCUUAGCACUCAAGAGUACAUGAAGCUCCUCACCGUUAGCCGUGUCCAGCCCAAACUAGCGAAUGUUCAAUGAAAUGGCUCAAUCCCAAAAACAAAUGGAACCGCAGGCUUUCUUUUACAUAUUCACCAUGUAAGCAAAUGUAUUUUUAACUGACGAGUGGAUUGUAAGGACUGUCUUGACUGGAGCCAGCGGGGAAUCGUUGCUCAUUUUCUGCGUACGCUGUCUUAGCGAAUGUUCUCACCAGGGCAAUCCUGUGCCAUUCUCACCUGUAGCCUCCCACAACCUCUCCUCUCACCUGCCUUAAGAUAUCCUUGUUUCAGGUCCAGUCUCCGGGCAGAGAAGGUAGCGUCACCUUCACGUAGCUUGGGGAAAAAAACAAAAAGAUUCAAUUGUAUUUUUUCCAUAUAUUUUUACAGACAUUUUCGCACAUGCCUUAUUGACCUUUUAUUUGUGGCAUAUAACGACAUUGUGUUUUGGUUGCCAGAUUUCAGGUUAAUGCUCUGCAGAUGGUCUGUCAGCUUAUAGCACUGCUUGGACCUUUUGUCGACGGUGUUGGGUUUUGUUUGCUGCGUGUGUUUGAGAGAAGGCAUGUGGAUGUGCGUUCCUGUAAGGCAGGAGAACCCUCUCGUGGGAGCUUUUUGUGACAUCAGGUUACUCACGUCUGUUCUUGAAUUUCUUUUGACAACUGCACCUCCAAAAACGUCCUGCCGGAAAGUACUCGAUAGCAUCUCUUUGUUGCAGAGCGCCAUGUGACACACCACCAGCAAGCUAUCGUCACGAUCACAAGGGUGUAAUUGAUGGUUCCUCUUCGGUGUUUUCUCCAUUCAGGACCUCCCAACUCACUUGGGAUCAUGGGAACUAUUGCAUUCAUUUCUUUUUGUUUCUCUUUGUAAGUACACCAACAUUCUGUAGCACCGACAAAUUUAGCACUGUAAAAUGUUUGUUGAAAAAAAAAAUCCUUUUAAUUUUUUGGGGGAGAUCUUCUGCACAUUUUAUUUGCAGUCUUUUUUUCUGUUCAGUCAUCUGCAACUGCCGUACUUUUGUCUGCUUGCUUUUAAUUAAAAACCACACAUAU